AUGCCUGGCAAGGCACGUCCUGGCACCAAGCAGUCGUCGCUGCUUGGCUUCUUCUCCAAAGUCGCUCCUGCGCAACCCCCAUCGUCAAAAGCAUCGCCGCCGCAGCCUCCUUUUGCACAGAAACCACAACAAAAGGGCUCGAGCGGGAAGGCUUCCGAAUCUCCCAAGGUAGCCGAGCCAUCCAAGGUUCAACCCCUCGAGACGCCCCCGCCAAGCGAGUCCAAAUUCAGCACUCGCUCCUCUCGACUACCUCCCACAGGUGACGAUUCUGGAGCCGCAGCAGGUAGGCCACCGUCCUCCUCACCUACCCUUCACCGCUCCAGCUCGCUCUCAACCGAAAGUCUAGUCACCGCCCCACGAGCUGUUGCACCUGCAAACAAGUCUUCCGAGUCUGACAAUCUUACCCCUCCGCCCAGCAGCGACGUGGACGACAUGGACAUCGACGAUGCUGGAGAAAUUGAGCAGCCCCUCUUUCGUCGACGCGCUGCAGCUAAGCGACCUGUGACGUACGCGGAAUCCGACUCUGAGGGUGGUGCGGCCAUCGACAGCGAUAGCGAAGACGAAAUGCCCAGAUUUUCCAAUAGCAGAAAGCCUAGUUCGGCCAAGCGAGCUCGCAAGACCCGCGACGAGGAUGACUUCAUCGUUCCAGAAGACCACGACGAAGAGGACGAGGAGCUUCCGAUGGAUGCAGCCAACUUGUCCGAAUUGGACGAAGGUCCAGCAAGCGAAGGCGAAGGCGACAGCGAUGUAGGCGAGUUCAGCAAGCGAAGCAAACCUGGUACAGCCAAGGCGAACAAGAAACAUACUGGAGCGUCUCCAGCCUCUGCUGCCACUACCUCGCGACCAUCCGGAGCCAAAUCGGCGCUCAAUGCCUUCAAGCUCGGCAACAGUUCAUCGGGAUCUUCGUCCUCCAGUCCUUUCUACCCAAGCGGUGCCAGCAAAGGCGCGACCCGUAGUGGAGCUUCCUCGGUAUCUCUCUCUCAUCUCACCAAAGCUGAACGCCGUAUCAUCGAAGAGAAGCGCAAGAAGGCCGACAACGAAGAGGCGUACAGUUUCCUGCUUGACCUGCGUGACAGGGACGGCAAUCGACCUGGCGACGCAGAGUACGACUCUCGCACCGUCUACAUCCCCAAAUCUGCCUGGAAAGACUUUACGCCGUUCGAGAGGCAAUUUUGGGAGAUCAAGCAGAAUCAUUGGGACACGGUGCUCUUCUUCCAAAAGGGCAAAUUCUACGAGCUUUAUGAGGAGGACGCGCUGAUCGGUCACCGCGAAUUCGAUCUCAAACUUACGGACAGAGUCAAGAUGAAGAUGGUUGGUGUUCCCGAAGCCUCAUUCGACAUUUUCGCAGCCAAGUUCCUCGCUUUGGGAUACAAGGUGGGCCGUGUCGACCAGACAGAAACCGCCGUGGCCAAGGGAAUGCGUGUUGGCGAACGCUCACGUGGCGGUGGCUCUGAAAUCGUCAACCGUGAGCUUAGACACGUGCUCACCAGUGGAACCAUUGUCGACGCUGCAUCAUUGCCCGACGAUCUCAACAACUACUGCGUAUCGAUCAAAGAAUCUGCCACCACCGGUCGCAAUGGGCCCAUCUUUGGCGUGUGCACGCUUGACGCAGCAACGGCUGAAUUCAACCUCACUGAAUUUGAAGACGACGAGUCAAGGACGAGACUCGAGACCUUACUCCGCUCGCUGCGACUGAAGGAAGUACUCCACGAAAAAGGUGGGCUUACAGCACCGACGCUGAGGGUUCUCCGCAGCACGGUUCCCAGCACAGCUCAAAUCACCAUGCUUAAGCCUGGCCUCGAGUUCCUUGAGCCCGAAACCACUUUACGCAAGCUCAACGCCCUCUUUAAUCCUGACGUCGACGCCGAGGCCCGUUUGGACUCUCUUGACGCCGUCGAUCCAUCCUUGCUUCCGGAAGGCAUCGCUUCCAUGGUGCAUCGACCUUGCGCCAUGUCGGCGCUCGGCGGCAUGCUCUGCUACCUGGCUCAACUCAAUCUCGACCGCGAUCUAUGCUCCAGCCGCAACUUUAACAUUUUCGACCCGCUGCAUCAGGACAAGUGUCUCGUUCUCGAUGCACAAUCGCUUACACACCUCAACGUGCUCCAGAACGACGAGGGGACCGAUGAAGGUACGCUCCACCGCCUGCUCAAUCGUUGUGUGACGCCCUUUGGUAAGCGUCUCUUCAAGAUCUGGCUGGUCGCUCCACUUGCCACCGCUGAUGCAAUCAACGCACGUCAAGAUGCAGUCGAGGAUCUGCUCAAGAACCCUUGCUUUGGCGACCAGUUUGAAACAUUUGGCAAAGCUCUUCCCGACAUUGAGCGUAUCGUGCCGCGCGUGCGAGCCGGCAAGUGCCGACCCCGUGACUUCACUGCAGUGCUUAAGUCGCUGGGUCACUUCGAAAAGGCGAUCAAGCAGCUUCGUAAUCAAUGCGAAGGCUUUUCAACCGAUGUCAUGGAUGGCCUUCUCAAGUCCGUCCCAGCGGUGUCUGCAAUCGCCCGCGAGCUGCAGUCGAGCUUCAAAGUCACGGAGGACGGCUCCUUUACUCCGAUCGAGGGCGCCUUCGAGCUUUAUGAUCGAGCAGAGGCAGCUAUCGCUGAGGUCGAGGCUCAGCUCGAGCAUGAGAUUGAGUCCUACCGCAAGCAGCUCAAACUCAACCCCGUCAAGUGUGCGUGGAAGCAUCUCGGCACCAAGGACAUUUUCCAGAUCGAGGUGCCCGUUGCUACCAAAGUGCCCAGCAACUGGACCAAGCUUAGUGGCACCAAGGAUCGAAAUCGCUGGUAUUCGCCCAAGGUGCGCGAUCUUGUGCAAGAGAUCAAGGAAGCUCGCGAGACCCGCCUUGCGACGCUCAAGCAAUUCCAUCAGAGCCUAUUCGCCAGCUUCUCCGAGCAGAGCGACGUGUUCCUUCGAGCUGUCAAGACGAUCGCCGAGAUCGACUGUCUCCUCUCGCUGGCCAAGGCGUCGUACGCGAUCGGCGAACCCUCGUGCCGGCCCGAGCUGGUGCACAAUGAGACGGCGCUGAUCGAGUUCGAAGAGCUGCGCCACCCAUGCAUCGCGGGCGAUAAUGUCGAUUUUAUCCCCAACGACAUUCGACUUGGCGGCAAGAAUGAUGAGGUGGUCAUCUUGACAGGCGGAAACAUGGCAGGUAAGAGUACCACUGCACGUACCUGUGCUACCGCCGUAAUUCUCGCGCAGCUGGGCUGUCGCGUGCCGGCUUUGAGCGCACGUUUGUCGCCUGUGGACCGCAUUGCCUCUCGAAUGGGCGCCAAUGACCAGAUCUUCGGCAACAACAGUACCUUCAUGGUUGAGAUGCUCGAAGCUUCGCGCAUCAUCAACGAGUGCACGCCCCGCUCGCUGGUCAUCAUGGAUGAGCUGGGUCGAGGCACCAGCACGUUUGACGGUCAAGCCAUCGCUUUUGCUGUGCUUCAUCACCUGGUCAGCCGUACGCGCUGCUUGGCUUUUUUCCUCACGCACUACACCAAUCUGGCGUACGACUUUGACUCGUACUCGCGCGUCAGCAACAAGCACAUGCAGGUGCUGGUGGAUGACGACAAGCGCGAAGUUAUUUUCACAUACCGCCUCAUUGAUGGCAUCGCCGAGUCCUCCUACGGCACUCAAGUUGCAGCGUUGGCUGGCGUGCCGCACGAGAUUUGUGAUCGCGCAGCUGUGGUCUCGAAGCAAUUUGCCGACGCAACCAAAGCGAGCCAGUCGGAGAAAAACAAGAGCGCUAUCCCGCUGACCUUGCUGAGCGACUUUGUUCACCUCUUUCAGCUGGCCAAAGGGCAAGCACCUGCGCCUAGCGACCGGAGUGCAGAAGCAAAGGCGCUUACUACCCUCUCGCAGCUCGAUAUCAUUCGCUCUCAAGUCGCCGAUUUAGCUAAAGGAUCUUCUAUCCGCGCUUCCACGUCAUCCGUGAGCGCCCCUUCAACUUCCAUCUCGACCUGUACGUAG